GUUCUUUUAUCAGAUAAUCAAUUCGUGCAUCGGCUCCAUCACAAUCAAUUUGCAAUUGGCUUUGGAAGUAAAAGCACUCUGCUCUCCAGCUCCCUCCCCCUCUCUCUCUCAUCAUCGCCGCGGGCUGAGGUUUUGGAGCCAUCGGACGGAGGAGAAUGGAGAACGCCGACGUGUUCUUAGGACUGCACGACUUUCUGGAACGCAUGCGUCAACCGUCGGCGGCCGAUUUCGUCAAGUCCAUAAAAAGAUUGGAUUGGAUUGGAUUGCAGUUUCAUAGUGUCGUUUACGAACAAUGCUCCUGAUCCGGAGAGGGACAGCGCUGCAGUGCAGGACUUCUUUUCCCGGAUGGAAAUUGAUUUCAGGGCUCAUCCACUUUGGGCGGGCUGUUCAGAGGAGGAGCUCGACAGUGCCGGCGAAGGACUGGAGAAGUAUGUUAUGACAAAGUUAUUUCCUCGCGUAUUUGCUUCGCUUCCAGAUGAUUUAAAACUUGAUGAGCAACUGUAUGAGAAGAUGGCUUUAGUACAACAGUUUAUUCGGCCGGAAAAUUUGGAUAUCAAGCCCACCUUUCAAAAUGAGACUUCAUGGCUGCUUGCACAAAAAGAACUGCAAAAGAUCAAUAUGUAUAAGGCACCGAGGGAUAAGCUUGUGUGUAUCCUCAAUUGUUGCAAGGUUAUCAAUAACUUGCUGAUGAAUGCUUCUGUUGCUUCCAAUGAGAAUCCCCCUGGAGCUGAUGAAUUUCUUCCAGUCCUAAUUUAUGUUACUUUAAAGGCAAACCCCCCACAACUGCACUCAAAUUUAUUGUAUAUACAAAGGUACAGGCGACAAUCUCGAUUAGUUGGUGAGGCAUCCUAUUUUUUCACAAACAUGCUCUCCGUUGAGUCCUUCAUCUCAAAUAUUGAUGCAAACGCUAUUUCACUGGAUGAAUCUGAGUAUGACAAGAACAUGGAAACUGCUCGAGCACUUCUUUCAGGACUUUCAACUGAUUUGGAUGGUCAGUAUACUCAAAGCAGUCCAUUUGCAGGAUAUGUACAUAGAUCAGAAUCUAUGGAAACCAGACAUCAACCUCCAAAUGCCAACAAGGACCCAGCAGCACGGUCCAAAUCUUCAGAAACAAAAUCCCGAGGGAAGAAGAUACCUAAUGCAAAGGAUAACUCACCCUAUUCAAAAAUUCCAUCUCUUUCGGACUUGGAGAAUAAGGGUGCAGCAGUCCUUGUAAACAACGAUCAGGUGGGCCAGGUUUUCCAGGAGUAUCCAUACUUGUUUGCGAAUGUUGGGGACCUAAGCAUCAAUGAUGUAGAGGACCUUCUUAAUAAUUACAAGCAACUUGCAUUCAAAUAUGUUUGUCUUUCCAAAGGGUUAGGCGUUACUGCUCCAUCUCUUCCUUACAAUUUGCAUACAGAGUUCCACCAGCAUACUGAAACGGUAAAGCAACAGGAACGCUCUAGAGCUGUAGAGCAGAAUAAUGAGAUGUCAAAUGACACUGAUAAGGAGGAUGAUGGAUUAAAGGAGCCCUUUAUUGAUGUUGAAAAUUUGGAAUCUAGAUUGUCACAGGAUCGAGCCGCUGCACCACAGAAUGGUUCACAUGAGGAGUCCUCUCAGUAGCAGCUGUACCAGGACAUGUAUUUUGCAGGAGUAUGUUGAAUUUCCAGUGCAAUCGCCACCAUCAGGGAUCCAUUUCUCCUUUUUCCUAUUGCAGAUGGAAUAUCGUCUUGGUUGGCGAUGAGCUCUAUCAUUGUCCAUUCUCACCACGUAAUUGUCAAUAUUCUAUGUAGAAAUGAGGGGCUACAAAUUUGUUUGGGAAUGCAUCAAAUUGCAUUUAUAUGAAGAUGGAAAAAUAUAAAACUCUCAGCAGACCCAGGUGCAACAGUGUAUGCUUGGAGGCACUCGUAAUUUCACACGCGUAGCUGUAGAAUGAUCCUGAGCCACAGGCAUGCUGGAGACAAUCAAAUGUGAUAUUCACCGUAGUUGCACCGUUCUAUCCCUCAUUAACGAGCAGAAUGUAUGUUCUAACUUCAAAAUUCCUCUGUUCUUUUAUCUGUAAUGCCACACUAUUCUGCACAAAGUUCUCGUGAUGUUACUGCAAUUGUAUGUGGUUUCUUCA